GCCGGGGGGGGGGGGGUCGAGGGGUUCCCGGAGUUGCUGCUGUCCCUGGCUCCAGGCUGGGCUGCUGCUGCUCCCAGGGGACUCGCUGCCCGGCUGGGGUGGGGCUCCUGGAAACCGGCCCCACCCCUGCCCCUCCUCACCUGGCUCAGGGCUCAGGAAUGGGGUGCCCCGGAAACUCUGCCGGACCUGCCCGGGCCUGGGGCGGGGUGCCCGGGCGCUGGGUGUCCGCUGGCAGAAGUCCUAGGCAGUGACGGGGAGCCCAGGUGAGCCUCUACCCCAGGCAGGCCUCCGGGUUCCAGGCCUCUGAGCACCUCCCACUCCCUCCCCAACCCCCUCCCCCCAACUCCCCCUCCUCCCAGGGAGAAGGGGUGUGUGGGCGAGGCCUGUGGGUCUGAGCCUGCAAGGGGUCUGUGUGGAGGAGGGGAUUCUAGCUCUAGAGACAGGAUUGGGGGGCACAUGGUCGGCCCCACCUCCAGCUCUGCCGGUUCCCAGCUGAGCUCCUGCUGGAGGGAGGGGAAGGGGCUUGGCCUGUGUGUGUGUGUGUGUGGGGGGGGGGGGGGCUGGGCUCAGAAACGGAAGUCCUUGAGGCCCCUAAGUGAGGACACUGUCUGGGCACCCUGGCCUCGCCCAAGGAAGUCCCCUUGACUUGAGCCAACUUUUCUGAGCGCCUCGUUCCCUGGGGGUGAGUGUAGGGAGGACCGGGCACCGAGCAGACGCAGGGCACAGAGUGAAGAGCCCACACAAGGUCACGCUGGUUCCAGUUGGCCCCAGCCGACCGCAGAGCCCUCUGCCUGGACACAGGCUGGACAAAGGCAGCCUGUUUAACGCCCAGCCCCCCUUCUCCCAGGCAGCUGCCCUGGCCGGCCCCUGGGGUGAUGAAUGUAGGGGAGGAGGUCUGGUGACCUUGCAGCGCCCCGGCCCGGCCCAGUGGGGAGAGCAAUGUUGGUGGGGGGUGGGGGCUAGCUGUGGGAGGGGUUUCCUGGGAGAGGAAGUGCUCUGGGGUUAUGGGCAGGCCCAGGAAGGAGGGCUCGGAGUCGCCCCGACCCUUUUCACCAAGAGAAUGGGGGUGUGCCCGGGGCAGAGCCCUUGGGAAGGCCAGCCGUGUGCACAGACACCCACCCUUCCCUUUCCAGGGACUGGCGCCAUAGAGGAAACCGACGGGGACUGCCCAGACCCCCCUCCCUUCCUUCCUCUCUCCCUCAGGCAGUGGAACGGGAUCCCCCUCGCCCCCUUCUGGCAUGAGUUUUAUUCGGGGUCACUAGCCUGACCGCGUAUCGGGCUGUGGAUGGGGGGCGGGCAGGGGCUCGGGCGGCCCAGGCUGUGAGUGCCACCUCCCGCGGUCCCCAGGGAGCGGGUGGUUCGGCCGGGCACCAGGCAUGGAAGGGUGACCUUGGUGCAAUAUUCUGUCUCAUCAGAUGGGCAGCAGGAGGCUUCGGGGGCUGCACCCAGGCUCUGAGCUGCCCUAGGGCUGCAGACUGGCUGGGCGUGGGCCCUAGACAUGGCCCAGCCGCUGCCCUUUGUCCUCAAUGUCCCUGAGGUCCCGGAGGACCAUGACCGGGAGCCCAGCCCGUACGACGAGAGUGAAGUCCAUGACUCCUUCCACCAGCUCAUCCAGGAGCAGAGCCAGUGCGUGGCUGAGGAGGGACUGGAGCUACGGCAGAGGGGGCUGGGGGCCGCAGCCCCGGGGACCUCGGGCAGUGGCCGCCAGGCCCUCGUGGGGCCCGAGGAUGCUGCUGCCCACAGCACGGCCACGCUCCGCAUCCUGGCCAGCAUGCCUAGUCGCACCAUCGGCCGCAGCCGCGGGGCCAUCAUCUCCCAGUACUACAACCGCACGGUGCGGCUUCGGCGCAGGGUCAGCCGGCCCCAGCUCGGGGGCGUGGGGCGCUCGGCCCGGCCCAGCCUCCGCCUCUAUGACCUGGAGCUGGACCCCGCGGCCCUCGAGGAGGAGGAGAAGCGGUCCCUGCUGGUGAAGGAGCUCCAGAGCCUGACGGUGGCCCAGCGGGGCCACAUGCUGAAGGGAAUGCCCUUGGGCCUGGCCGAGAAACGCAGCCUGCGAGAGGAGAGCCGGACCCUGACGGGGAAGCACACUGAGCGGCGGGGCCGGCGUGGGCUCUUCCCCUGCUGCGGUUGGCUCCGAGACACCUGCGUCCUGGCCCUGCACGGCCUGGGGCUCUGGCUGCUGGCGGGUCUGCACGGCCUGAAGCCCUGGCGCUACGCCCUGAAGCGGAUCGGAGGCCAGUUCGGCUCCAGCGUCCUCUCCUACUUCCUCUUCCUCAAGACCCUGCUGGCCUUCAACGCCCUCCUGCUGCUGCCCGUGCUGGCCUUUGUGGUGGGCGUGCAGGCCGCCUUCCCGCCACCAGCCUCCCCGGGCCCUGUCCCCGCCUUCACGGGCCUGGAGCUGCUCACGGGCGGGGGCCGUCUCACCCGCACCGUCAUGUACUACGGCUACUACAGCAACGGCACGCUGAACCCGCCGUGCGCGCCCGCCCCGGAUGGCGAUGGCGGUCAGUGUGGCCGCGAGACCGACGGCCUGCCCUACAACAUGCCCUUGGCCUACCUCUUCACUGUGGGCGGAGCCUUCUUCAUCACCUGCGUCACCCUGGUGUACAGCAUGUCACACUCUUUUGGGGAGAGCUACCGGGUGGGCAGCACCUCGGGGGUUCAUGCCAUCACCGUGUUCUGCUCCUGGGACCACAAGGUGACUCAGAGACGGGCCUCCCGCCUCCAGCACGACAACAUCCGAACCCAUCUGAAGGAGCUGCUGGCCGAGGGGCAGCUGCGGCAGGGUCCCCGGAGCGUGUGCGGGCGGCUGAGGCAGGUGGCGGUGCUGGGCCUCGUGUGGCUGCUGUGCCUGGCGAUCACGCUGGGCUGCACCGUGGCCGUCUACGCCUUCUCCGAGCUCAUGAUCCAGAGCCCCGUGUCUGCUGAGCAGGGGGGGGCACUGCUGGCCCUGCCGGUGGUGGUCUGCCUCCUCAACCUGGGGGCCCCCUACCUGUACCGCGGCCUGGCGGCCCUGGAGCGCCACGACUCCCCAGUGCUGCAGGUGUACGUGGCCGUCUGCAGGAACCUCAUCCUCAAGAUGGUCAUCCUGGGGAUUCUUUGCUACCACUGGCUGGGCCGCAGGGUGGGCGCCCUGAGGGACCAGUGCUGGGAGAACUUUGUGGGCCAGGAGCUGUACCGGCUAAUGGUGCUGGAUUUCAUCUUUAUCCUGCUGGACACGCUUUUCGGGGAGCUGGUGUGGAGGCUCAUCUCUGAGAGGAAGCUUAAGAGGAAGGAGAAGCCGGAGUUCGACAUUGCCGGGAACGUUCUGGAGCUGAUUUACGGGCAGACCCUGACCUGGCUGGGGGUCCUCUUUGCUCCCCUCCUCCCUGCCGUCCAGAUCAUCAAGCUGGUGUUUCUCUUCUACAUCAAGAAGACAAGCCUGAUGGCCAACUGCCAGGCGCCCCGCAGGCCCUGGCUGGCCUCCCACAUGAGCACCGUCUUCAUCUCGCUGCUCUGCUUCCCGUCCUUCCUGGGAGCCGCCGUCUUCCUCUGCUACGCCGUGUGGCAGGUGAAGCCCUCCAGCACCUGCGGCCCCUUCCGGACCCUGGACACCAUGUACGAGGCGGGCAAGGUGUGGGUGCGGCGCCUGGAGAAGGCGGGCCCUAGGGUCUCCUGGCUGCCCUGGGUCCACCGGUACCUGGUGGAAAACACCUUCCCCGUCUACCUGGUGUCGGCCCUGCUGCUGGCUGUGAUCUACCUCAACAUCCAGGUGGUGAAGGGCCAGCGGAAGGUCAUCUGCCUCCUCCGGGAGCAGAUCAGCAAUGAGGGGGAAGACAAAAUCUUCUUGAUCAACAAGCUUCACUCUGUCUACGAGAAGAAGGAGAGGAGCAGGGGUGGUAGAACCCAGGAGGCCGAGAGGCUCGAGGAGGACCCGGACGCCCGCUAGGACAGCCCUGCAUCCGCUCACAAGUACCGCCCGUGCCCGUCACCCUCCGUUUCCACGGCCCCGCAGGCAGAGACGCCAACCUGAGACGGUGCACACACCGGUCGACCCCACUGGGCAGCGGGGAGGGUGCCUAGGGUCGAUAGGACUCUGCAGCCCAUCGAGGCUGGAGCUGGAGGGUGGGCGAGUGGGGCUGGAGCCCCCCCCCCCCCCCCCAGUGGACUAGAUCCUGCUUGGAACUCUAUUUAUUCUGGUAAAAAUAUUUUGCAGAAUGGGCCUCUCUUGGGAGUCUGUGCUCAGAGCCGAGCCAGCCGGGCGCCCAAGCACCACUGUGCUGUGUCCCCUCCCCUCGCCUGCGGAUGACGUCCAGGCGGAGGGCGUGGGAACCUAGGGCCCCUUUAUUUCCUCUUUCUGGCUGGAGGCUUCUCUUCCCUCCCUCCGCAGGGGUGCGAGGGUCUGGCGCUAAGCACAGGGCGCCCUCUGCUGGCAGAGCCUCAGAUGGCAGGUGGACCAACCCACAGCUUGACAGGUGCCCCUGGCCAGCCUGUGCCAGGUGGCUGGCACCUGUGUGGGCAGCCAGGCAGGCAAGGAGCAAGUGUGGGGGGUGUCCAGGGUGACAGAGCUGUCAGCGGUGGUAUCCCGCGGUUACAGGGCCGGGGGUGUGGAGAGCACAGUUAGGGAGGCUGGGGGACAGCAUCCCAGUUAGCAGCGGGCCACGGGGACAGGAGCCUGCCAGGCAGAGGGGCAGCCAGCACGCAGGCCGGGACGGCCUGGCGAUCCUGUGGGGAUGCCAUGAACCCGAGAGUAAGGGAAGGUGGGGAGAGGCCGUCACAGGCCCCCAUGUCCCAUGUCUGUGGCAGCCGGGGAGAUGGCCCCACGACUCCUCAUCCCACAGGGGAAUCCAGAAGAGCACAGCUCGGGCCUGGGCGAGGCAGUGGGGAGCGCCAAUCAAACCCACGGCGGAGACACCACCACCAGCAGUGCCCCCAGCUGGGCCCACGCCCACCCGAACCGUCCCCUCUCCGAGGACGGUCUCACGGGGGGUGGGGGCGCGUAGGACUGUUCGCAGAUGUGCGGGGACAGGUCCAUCUGCUGAUGUGGCCCCGGAGGCUCACCUGGCACUCUCUGUAGGUGGGGGGGCGGCGCCCUCGAUGCCCCCGACAGCUCGAUUCCUGGCUUGCCGUGGCCAGUCCCAACACGGGGCUUAGGGAUCCCUGCAGAUGGCUGGUGCUCAUCCUGGGCACGAGCACGUCGGGGUGAAGUUGGACGGGCGUCCAGAUGGAGGGAGGCUGGCCAGGGACUCUGCGACACGCCCUUCCUGACACAGGCCUCUAAACGGGGCACAGACAGACCACUCCCAGUUUGAGCUGCCUCGUGGCCCCUGUGAGGUCAGGCCAAACUGCUCUGACAAGUCAAAGGCCUGCCCAGGUUUCUGUAGAACUACCGCGUGUGACGGCUGUGUGUGUCCCUCACUCACUCGAGCACUAACUCGGGCGCUGCCGUUAGGGCGUUUCGCGGCUGUGUUUAGCACGUACAGCCAGCCGACUUUAGGGAGAUUAUCCCCAGUAAUGUGUGUGGGCCUUACCCAAUCAGUUGAAAGACCUUAAGAGCAAAACACAGGUUUUCUGAAGAAAUUCUGCCCCAGGGCCGCAGCGCUGACUCCUGCCGGCCCGGCUCCCAUGUGAGCCCACUCUCCUCCUGGACACCCGCCUCCCGUCGUGCUGUUUCUGACAGCGUGCGGCCUCAAGAUCCUCCGGUCAGCGCAUCUCACCACGUUCCUCCCGCGCCGGAGCCCCCGGGGGAUAGGGCCUGCGCAAGGGCUGGGGUGUCGGACGGGUCCAGAUCCUGACCCUUCUGAGCUGAUAGCCUCGCGCCUGCUCUGUGACCUUGCCCAGCCGGGUUCCUCACCUCGUGGGGCUGCUGGAGCAAAUGACAGGUCCUGUACGGUGCUUAGCACCACGCUUGGCACGGGGAUUUUGCUUAAAAAAAAAAAAAAAAAAAAAAAGUGAUCUAUAAUUGCCAAAAGAGG